AGGUCACUCCGCUGGCUGCCGCGGAGCUGCUCAGCCUUGCCGUGGAUCCAGCCACUGGAACCCUACUAUACCAGGCCCCCGACCUGGUCCGCAUGGAGGCUCUGCUGCUGCACUACUGCGACUGGCGGGUGCGUGCGCCCUCGGCGCUCUCAUUCCUGCAGAACUUCCUUGCAGCAGCAGCAGCCGCAGCAGCAACCGGGUCUGCCGCUGCUCCUUGCUUCUGUGGCAGCAGCAGCUCCUGUGUCUCCUGCUGCUGCACUGGCAUGAGCUGCGGCGGUGGGAGCGGCGGCGGCAGCAGGGAGGGGGAUGCUGCCGGGGCCUGGGAUGCAGCGCUGGCGGAGGCGGCGUACAGGUUGCUGGACGUGUCCCUGCUGCAGCAGCUGCCCCUCGCUUUCGGCCCCAGCACCACCGCCCUCGCCUGCCUGCUACUCGCGGAGCAACAGCUGCUGCUCCUGCCAGCAGCACCCAAGACGGCGGCACAGGCAGCAACAGCGGCAACGGGUGCAGCAGCUACUGCCGUACAGUUCGUUUCGGGGGUUUCCCUGGCCCAUUUGGCGCCCGGUCUGUUUGAGUGUAUGGAGCUGCUGAGUCGACGCCAACAACACAGCUGGAAUUGAUUGGGUCAAUUGAGCCUUAGCAUCCAAACCAGGCGAGCUUGGCAACGAUGUGAGCGAAGAGCGGCAGCAGUACUUGCACAGAGUAUGAUCGCUAGCUGGGGGCAUUUCGUCACCCGUUCCUGGUUUCGGUAGCAGCUGCCUGGCGUGCACAGCUGAUGCAUCGCCGUACGAAGCAACCUCCGUAACAGCUGGCCUAGUUGUUGUUGCUGCAACGGAACCCGUGGGUCUCUUUUUUCUACCAAUCUUAUGACAUUUAGGCCGCUUUAGUACGGUUGUACAAAAGCAGUAGCAGUUGUUUUUAGGUUCUUAGCCAGAAGUUUUAGGUUUGAUUUGCAGCGAAUCUCUUUGCACUGUUUCAUUAGGCUAGCUAGUGAGAAGCUAGAUACCAAGCUAUAUUUGCUAGAGAAUAGCUGUUAGGUAACUACAUCGCUGUAGAUCCGGCGCCCUUGGUGUUAUCCGGCAGAUAAUCGACUGCAAGGGUGCUUAGGAAUGUUAGGAGGAAGACGGGUAUGGAGGAGCGAAACACCGGAGGAAGCAAGGAGGAGCGUAGCGGCACCAUGGCGAGGAGGAGGACUAGGAGCACCAGUAAACUGCGAGCACUGUUGUGAGUGAAUUGGAGUGGCAAGCUCUUUCUGCGUGCGUGUGCGUUGUGUCGCGGCUUUGUAUCAACCGCGCGUUGUUUCCCUCUGCAUGGAAGACACAUCAUCGCCAUGCACGAUGUUUGGGGUUUCUCACUGAAACCUUGCAGCUUGUUGGCUGCCAUUCGUUGCUGCUGUGUUGCUGGCCCAGUGAACUCUUUGGCACGCAUUUGCCGCCUGCCUCGCUCUUUGGGUGUUCGGGGAAACAAAGCGUAAGGCCGGUAGGACGCGGGGCAUGGAUAGCUCACUACACACGGCGGGGUAUCUGUGAGCGGGCAAGCUACGUGCCAAGGGGGUCACUUCCCAUCACCCUGCACUGCGCUGCUGCAAACGGAAUACCUGUCCACGCAUUGCUCCGGCGGGUAAGUAUCGUGACUAUCAAUCCCUGUCGGGUCGGGCUCCCUAAGUUGUGGAUGGGACGGGGCAUGAAAGAUGAUUUGUGGGUGGGAGUGCAUGCGUGGGCUAUCUGUGUCGCCAGAAAUGGCUUCUGUUGAGCCAUUGUCGUGCCCCUGUUGUAUUCAGAUCAAUUAACUUUGUGCCGUGUUGGUUCUUGCCGCCCCGCCAUUAUAACGUUGUUUGCGUCCCUAACCUCUGCAGUUCAACCAAGUGGUGCCCCGCUUAAGAGCUGCGGGGCGUUUGGUUUUGAAUGGGUACUGCACUUACAAUUCCAGUAGGGGAUUAUUCGUUAUGAGGAUUGCUUUACAUUGGUUAAUGGCUGCAGUAGCUGGGUUAGACAGGUCCUUCGGCGUCGUUCUUGGUUGUCAUUUAGAUAGCUAGAUAGGUAGGUAGAUUGGUAGUUAAAUGGCAGUGGUAUCCUUGCUUGUUGAUUGCAUCUGUUGGCGCAAUAGCGUCGAGUCAUGCAGUUGCGUGCGCAGUACAACUUGGGUUACAAUCAAGUUGCUGCCAAGCCAGGAAGAUUGCGUUGUUUGCAAGUAGUGAAGCGUACAGCGAAAAGAGGCCGGCCGCAUAAACGGUGGACCUUAUCUGGUGGGUUGUAGAUACGUCUGCAUUCGGUCUCUGGAGAUCCAAGCCCGAGGUUUCCUGUGUUUCGCUGGUGGUAGCAGUGGUGAUAAAACCUGACGCUGUCGCUCCUGAUAUGUCUUGCUGCUGUGAGGGGCUGCAUUUACUCGUAACCGCUGGGUUUCAUGGCAUAACACAGGGUUCCGGUAUGUUUUGCCUGCGCGCUCUGUUGUCGGCGGUGUUAAUGUGGUUCAGGUCAGCACGGAUGGGGUGUGGGCUUACACCUAACUAAGAUUGAUGACGACCCCGCUUGCCGCCAGCCCCGGUGGAGAGAAGUAGUGGUAAUGGUUGGGAAUUGCGGAAAGGAUGGGGGCGUCUAAUUCGGAUCGGUCGACCGGGCUGCAACAUAUAUCCAACCGCCCCCAUGUUCUUUUCUGUUGGUUGUUAUUUCAUGGUUAAUCAGUUGGCUUUGGUUGUUAAUUUCUACUAGCUACCUUGUUUGUUAGCUGGUUUACAGUGUUUGCGUAGGGGUGCUUGUUCUUGGGUACAUCGCCAAGUCGAGCGGUGGUACUCGUGCGGUUGUUGUCAGGUGGUUAAGUUCGUUCGUGUUCGUUGGUUGCCGUUUCUUUAGUUGUCGGCUACGCCGUUCCUAUUGUAUGGUUAAGUUGUCAGUUGUCCGCUGGGUGCAAGUGCGUGUAUUGCUUGUUGCAGUGCACCGCGGUUGGCAUUUUUGUUUUGGGCAAGGGGUGUUGUUGUGUUCGUCCAUUGUCACACCAAAACCGCAGUGUACAGGAGCUAAGAAUAAUUAAAGUGCGGACGAAAACGCGCCAAAUAGAUGUGAGACAGCAAAGAGGACGGU